ACUUAUGAAAGGUACAUUAUGGUAUAACUACAAUUCCGGCAAAAACGCCGGCUGGUGACUAGUCUAAUGCCAGUCAAGUAAACAACAGCAGUGAUCAAGAAUCUAUUAAUUUUUUUUUUCUCAUUAUGUGGUAACGUUUUAUUUAAAAUCAAGUUAAUUAUAAAUUAAAAAUACUUAACAACUAUUUACGACAUUAUUAAAAUGUAUAUCACGGUCAUUACUGUAUUGCUAUUACAGCUUUUAAGUAGUAGAGCUAGACCUAAAGAUGAAACUUACAAAAUUAACGGUUGUGGAUAUGAAUCAUGCCACCCUGUUAAAGAUGGAUUUCUUAAUAUUCAUUUUGUACCACAUUCCCACGAUGAUGUCGGUUGGCUGAAGACUGUCGAUCAAUAUUAUUUUGGCACUAAUACAUCCAUUCAAAUGGCUGGUGUGCAAUUCAUAUUAGAUUCUGUAGUUGAAGCACUUUCAAAAGAUCCCAAUAAAAGAUUUAUAUAUGUAGAAACUGCUUUUUUCUGGAAGUGGUGGCUUGAACAAAAUGAAGAAACUCAACUACAAGUAAAAAAAUUAGUAUCAAUUGGUCAAUUAGAGUUUAUUGGAGGUGCAUGGAGUAUGAAUGACGAAGCAAAUUCUAAUUAUAUUUCUACAAUUGAUCAAUUUACUUGGGGUUUAAGGAAGUUAAAUGAUACAUUUGGUGAAUGUGGUAGACCUCAUAUAGGUUGGCAGAUUGAUCCAUUUGGCCAUUCUCGACAAAUGGCUUCUUUGUUUACCCAAUUGGGAUAUGAUGGUUUAUUUUUUGCACGACUAGACUAUGAAGACAAAAAGCAACGUCUCAACAAAAAAACAGCUGAAAUGAUAUGGCAGUCGAGUCCUAAUCUUGGUUCAUCGGCAGAUCUAUUUACUCAUGUAUUAUACAAUUAUUAUUUUGCACCUGAUGGAUUUUGUUUCGAUGUUGUAUGUGGUAUAGAUCCUAUUGUCGACGAUAUUAAAAGUCCAGCAUACAACGUAGAAAAAAAAGCAUCUGAACUCCUGGAUUUUGUACGUACACAACAAAGAGCAUUCCAGGAUCAUGGUAAUGUGAUUCUUACUAUGGGUGGAGAUUUUGCAUAUCAAGAUGCAGCCUAUUAUUAUAAAUCAUUAGAUAAAUUAAUUAAGCAUAUUAAUUGUAAGCAAAUUUCUGGAAUUAAAGUAAACGCUAUAUAUUCUACUCCAUCGUGUUACUUAAAAGCUAUCAAUGAUAAAAAACUCAUAUACUCCACGAAACAAGAUGACUUUUUCCCUUAUAAAAGUGACAAACAUGCUUAUUGGACAGGUUACUUUACCUCUAGACCUACACAAAAAUAUAAUGAACGAAGAGGUAAUAAUAUUUUACAGACAUGUAAACAGUUAGCGGUUCAACAUUUAAGUGGAUCUCAAUAUGAACCAAAAAUUACUCCUCUUCGUGAAGCAAUGGGAAUAAUGCAACACCACGAUGCGAUAACUGGUACAGAAAAACAACAUGUAGCUAAUGAUUAUGCUAGAAUAUUAAGUGAAGCAAUAUCAAAGUGUGAAGAGGUUUCAUCCUCUGUUUUGUCAAAUAUAGUUGGUAAUAAGUCAUUGAAGUUUGAAACCUGUAAUCUUAUGAACAUAAGUACUUGUACGAUUUCUGAACAAAGCGAACAAUUUGUUCUUACUAUUUACAAUCCUUUAAGUAGAAUCAUUUCAGAAUUUGUAAGGUUACCUAUUACUGAUGAUAUGGAGUAUGUUGUGAUUGAUCCAAAAAAUGAAAAGCUUUUAACUCAAAUAGUGCCAAUUCCUAAUCCCGUUCUUAACAUUCCUGGUCGACAGUCAAUGGCAACAGUAGAAUUGAUAUUCAAAGCUAUGGAUUUGCCUCCCUUAGGUUUUAAAUCCUAUUUAAUUACUAAAAAUAAAAACACCAGUCAUUCUAAUCACAUAAACUCAACUCGAAGUUCAUCAUUCUCAAAAACUGAUGAAUUAUACAUAGGCGACAAAAAAUUAGGUUUAAAAAUCGAUAAUGAUGACUCUAGAAGUUUUACAAUGUAUGUGAAUAAUGUAGAAAGACAAUUAGUUCAUGAAUUUAUGUAUUAUAUAAGCAUGGUCGGUGAUAACACUAAAGAUUUUAAAAGAGCGUCUGGAGCCUAUAUAUUUAGACCAAAUGGAACAGCUGUACCUUUAUGUGAUGUUCAAAAGAAACCUAAAGUAUUUAAAGGUCCGAUAGUACAAGAAAUUCAUAUGUCAUGCAACGAUUGGGUCAGUCAAGUCGUUAGAAAAUACAAUGAUGAUGAUCAUUUUGUAUUUGAAUGGUUAAUAGGGCCUAUACCAAAUGGGAUUGGAAAAGAAGUAAUAUCACGUUUUAAAAUACCAUCGUAUCAAAGCGAUAGUACUUUUUACACAGACUCUAAUGGCAGAGAAAUAUUAAAAAGAAUAUUAAAUCAUCGAUUUUCAUUUGAUCUGAAAGAAAAUGCAGAAAAUAUUUCUGGAAAUUACUAUCCAGUAACUUCACGGAUUAUGUUGACAGAUAAUAAAACACAAUUUGCUAUUCUCAAUGAUAGAGCGCAAGGGGGUUCCAGUUUGGAUAGUGGAGAAAUAGAACUUAUGGUACACAGAAGAAUAUUUUAUGAUGAUGGAUUUGGUGUUGAAGAAGCAUUAAACGAACGACCAUUUGGCACAGGGUUAGUUGCAAGGGGACAACAUUAUUUAACUUUUGGUUCAGUUGAAACACAAAAUGCAGUACAAAGACUUUUAGCUCAAAGAAAACUUAUUAGACCACAAUAUUUUUUUUCAAAGAAAACAUCUUUGAUUUCAUACGAUGAGCUUAAAGAUACGAUGACAUUGGAGUAUUGGGGCCUGAAAAGUGCUCUUCCAGAUAACGUUCAAUUGCUAACCUUGGAACCGUGGAAAGAUGGAACAGUAUUAAUUAGAUUGGAACAUAUUUUUGAGUAUAGUGAAGAUAAAAGAUUGUCAAAUGCUGUUGUUGUGAAUGUUCAGGAUUUAUUUACAAAAUUUCGCAUUGUAUCAUUAAGGGAAACAAUACUUGGUGGUAAUCAAUACUUAUCAGAACAUACUAAACUUUCAUGGAGAACCGAUGAUAACACUUUAUCAUAUGAUGAUAAAUCAAGCAACAAAAAUAAAAAUAUUGACCCCAAGUAUAUAGUAUUAACUCCAAUGCAAAUAAGAACAUUUAUCGCACAAAUUAUUCCUUUAUCUUAAUUUCUAGUUACCAAAUUAUGUUAUUAGUUUUUAAAUUUAUUUUUAAUAAACCUAUAUCUUAUACUGUGA